GAGUUCCAUCUACAGGACCCUACCCAGUCUUCUCUAUAAAUUGGACGCCCAGUGCACGCUCUUUCAAACAUCCAUCCAAUCAUCCACCACCCUUCCUUGCCUAAGUUGUAUAGCGAAGUAGUAAUAACACAGUUUGCCAUAAUAUGCUAACGGCAACGCAACCUCUAGGUGCGGUGCUCACCCCGAGCCAUGGCCCUUCUUCCUUCACCAGCACAGUCUCGUCAGGGCGGUGGGCGGCGCCGGCGCCUCGCCGGAGACGGAGCAGCACUCGCCGCACCGUCUCCAAAGUGAGCUGCAGCAGCACCAGCUUGGCCGAGGUCAACGGGCAAGCCGUAGGCACGGUCACCCUCCCGGAACUGAUCACCCCCCUGCACGGGCUGCACGAGGAGAAGAUCACGAUGAAGGCCACGGUGACGGUGCACUUGAAGGAUAUCAGCUUGUCCGGAGAUGCUUUCGAUGCGUGGGAACAUCUGAUUCAUCGAAAAUGGCUACUCCUUGAGCUUGUCAGCGCCGAGUUGGAUCCAGAAACGGAGCAGGAGAGGGACACAGUCUCCAGCUCCGCCACGUACUUGCGCCGGGAAGGCACCGAUUUUUUCAUAUACGAGGCCACCUUCACCGUGCCGGCCUCGUUCGGCACCGUCGGCGCCGUGCACGUCGAGAACGACCACCACCGCGACAUGUUUAUCAGGGACAUCAAGGUCUUCCGCGACGGCUACGAGUCGAGCGCCGUCACCUUCCACUGCAACUCAUGGAUCGUCUACAAGAACGACAACCCCGCCGACAAGCGCACCUUCUUCCCUCUCAAGUCCUACCUCCCGUCGCAGACGCCCAAGGGCGUGGAGAGGCUGCGCAAGAGCGAGCUCCAGGCCAUCCGCGGGAAUGGCUACGGCGAGCGCAGGAAAUCCGAGCGCAUCUACGACUACGACGUGUACAACGACCUCGGCGACCCCGACCAUGACCUCGACACCAAGCGGCCGGUGCUCGGCGGAAAGGAGCACCCCUACCCGCGACGCUGCCGCACGGGCCGCCAUCGCAGCAAGACAGAUCCGUUGUCGGAGGUGCGGACCGCCAAGGGGGAAAUCUACCUGCCCCGGGACGAGGCGUUCUCGGAGCGCAAGGACCGGGCGUUCAACACCAAGCUGACCUUGUCGGGGGUGCACGCGAUUUGCACGAGUACCAAGACGUCGGAGCACCAGAACCUGAGCUUCCCCUCCUUGGCGGCGAUCGACGCGCUGUUCGAGGACGGCUUCAGGAACCAGCCGCCGGAGAAAGAGGGGGACCUGGCGAGCUUCUUCAUCUCCCUGAUCGACAAGGAGCUGCACCACCUCCUCAAGGGUGAAGCGGCGGAAGUUGUCGAGGAGAUACGCAGAGUCUUCAAGUUCGAAACGCCGGAGAUUCACGACAAGGACAAGUUUGCAUGGUUCAGAGACGAGGAAUUCGCGCGAGAAACCCUUGCAGGGAUGAACCCAAUGAGCAUCCAACUAGUCACGGAGUUCCCUAUUGUCAGCAAGCUCGACGAGGAAACCUACGGCUCGAGGGAGUCUCUUAUCACCAAAAAGCUGAUCGAAGAGCAGAUAAACGGGAUCAUGACAGCUGAGGAGGCCGUUAAGAACAAGAAGCUGUUCAUGCUGGACUACCACGACAUGCUCCUGCCUUACGUGCAUGCGGUGCGCGAGCUGGAUCACAGGACGCUGUACGGCUCGCGCACGCUCUUUUUCCUGACCAAGGACGGAACACUCCAGCCGAUCGCCAUCGAGCUGACGAGGCCCAAGUCCCCGACCAAGCCGCAGUGGCGCCAGGUCUUCACGCCGGGGUCGGACGCCAGCGUUACAGGAUCCUGGCUGUGGCAGCUCGCCAAGACCCAUGUCCUGGCUCACGACACCGGCUACCACCAGCUUGUUAGCCACUGGCUGAGGACACACUGCUGCGUUGAGCCGUACAUCAUCGCGGCGAACCGGCAGCUGAGCCAGAUGCACCCUAUCUACCGGUUGCUGCACCCGCACUUCCGGUUCACGAUGGAGUUGAACGUCCUGGGGCGCGAUUUACUCAUCAGUGCGAAUGGAGUCAUCGAGAGCACCUUCUCGCCGGGGAAGUACUGCAUGGAGCUCAGCUCAGCGUUUUACGACAAGUUGUGGCGGUUCGACAUGGAGGCGCUGCCGGCCGAUCUGAUCCGAAGGGGCAUGGCGGUCCAAGGGAAGGAUGGCAAGCUGGAGCUGAGCAUAGAGGACUACCCGUACGCCAAUGACGGCCUGCUGGUGUGGGACGCCAUCAAGGAGUGGGCGUCAGACUACGUGAAGCACUACUACCCGUGCGCGGCGGACAUCAUCUGCGACGAGGAGCUCCAGAGCUGGUGGACGGAGGUGCGCACGAAAGGCCACGAAGACAAGAAGGACGAGCCGUGGUGGCCGAAGCUGGACAGCCGCGAGAGCCUGGUCCAGGUCCUGACCACCAUCAUGUGGAUCACGUCGUGCCACCACGCAGCGGUGAACUUCGGCCAGUACCCCUUCUCCGGGUACUUCCCGAACCGCUCGACCAUCACCCGGAGGAACAUGCCUUCGGAGAUGGGCGGCGAGGACAUGCGCGCGUUCCUGGAGGAUCCGGAGAAGGUGCUACUGGACACAUUCCCGUCCCAGUACCAGAGCGUCACGGUCUUGACGAUACUGAACGUCCUGUCGUCGCACUCGCCGGGAGAGGAGUACCUGGGCACGCACGCCGAGCCGGCGUGGCUCGCGGAGGGACAGAUCAAGUCGGCGUUCGAGAAGUUCAAAGGGAGCAUGAUGGAUAUCGCAGGGCAGAUCGACGAGUGGAACAAGGACCCGAACCGGAAGAACCGGCACGGCGCCGGCGUGGUGCCGUAUGUGCUGCUCAAGCCGUCCGACGGUGACCCCAAGGACAAGAAAUCGGUGAUGGAGAUGGGCAUCCCGAGCAGCAUCUCCAUGUGAGCUGAGGUCUGCCCCAAAAUCGGUGAUGGUGAUGUCUUGUCGACCGUUUAUAUAUACUUGUUGUGUCCAUAAUUCUGCAAAAAUCGAUGAUCUGGUGCUGUGCAGUGUGCUCAACCUGCCAUCAGAAAAUAAAAGAACCCGGUCGGCGUCUUUCUGCCACUGCUUCCUUUGAA